AUGCUCGGCGGCGGUGGCAGCACCUUUGGCGUCGUCACGUCCAUCAUCAUCCAUGUCGACCCAAAGCUCCCAGUCAGGCUUUCCCCCACGAGCCCCAACUCCUACUCCUUCACCAUACACCCCUUUUUCGCCCCCAACCACACCCUCUACUCCUUCCAUGCCCGCACCAAACCCUUUUUCAACCGCCUGAAGCAACUCAACAUUCCCGUGACCCCCAACACCACCCUCCACCCAGCCUUCUACCCAGCCUACAACGCCAACUGGGGCAGCGACCGUGUACUCAACAGCGCCGGCCGCGUCAGCGUCCCCAGCAACCAACUACUCCCGCGCGCCAACUGGGCUGACCUAACCAAGUUCAACGCGACCUUCGCCGUCAUCCGUGAAUAUGUCGAACCGGGUCGCCUGCUGAUGGGGUAUCACCAAGCCUCCCGCAACCGGGUCAACGCCGACAACGCGGGAGGUCGCCCUAAGGGGGCAGUCAUGGAGAACCCAACUGCGGCGGAUCUGAGGGCAGCGUUGGGGGAUUUGCAGCGGAACGUGAAUACGCGGUUUAGGGAGGUGGCGCCGGAGAGGGAGGGGGGUGGGGCGUAUUCAAAAGAAACAAAUAGAGACGAGCCGGAGUGGCAGAGCACGUUGUAUAGGGUCGAGAAUUAUAAGAGGUUGUUGGAGAUUCAGAGAAAUGGGGAUCUAAGGGAGGUGUUUUAUGCCACGACGGCGGUCGGGAGCGAGGGGUGGGAGUUGCCGACCAUGCCGGGGUGCGGAGGUGUAGGCGUCGCGAUCCCGUUGCCAGGCGGCCGCGUCGUGGUCGGCGUCGGCGUGCCCCCAGUGACGCCGAUGCAGACGUAG